UGUUUUCCGGUCGAGGCGGCGCUGUCAACCUUGCUAGCUAACAACACGGGAUUAGCCUUGUUUUGUCAUGUCAAUAUCAAGACAUAUGUUCACAACACGGCGCAGUUUAUCUUUAUUUCGUCACACAGCCACAGCUGGGCGGCGUUGAAGAAAUAUAUCUGGGCGGGGAGAAGAAGUGUGAGAUGAAAUGACAACGUCAACAUUGCAGAAAGCGAUCGAUCUCGUGACCAAAGCCACAGAAGAAGACAAGGCGAAGAAUUAUGACGAGGCAUUGCGUCUUUACCAACAUGCCGUGGAGUAUUUUCUACAUGCUAUUAAAUAUGAGGCCCACAGCGACAAGGCCAAGGAAAGCAUUCGAGCAAAGUGCAUGCAGUAUUUGGACAGAGCGGAGAAACUGAAGGACUACCUGAAGAACAAGGACAAACAAAGCAAAAAACCUGUGAAGGAGUCGCAGAACAAUGACAAGAGCGACAGCGACAGUGAGGGUGAAAACCCCGAGAAGAAGAAGCUACAAGAGCAACUUAUGGGUGCCAUUGUAAUGGAGAAGCCCAAUGUCAGGUGGAAUGAUGUGGCUGGACUCGAGGGAGCCAAGGAAGCUCUAAAGGAAGCCGUCAUCCUUCCCAUCAAAUUUCCUCACCUCUUUACCGGUAAGCGGACGCCAUGGCGGGGCAUCCUGCUGUUUGGGCCACCAGGGACGGGGAAGUCCUACUUGGCCAAGGCUGUGGCGACCGAGGCCAACAACUCCACCUUCUUCUCCGUCUCCUCAUCGGAUCUUAUGUCAAAGUGGCUGGGUGAGAGCGAAAAGCUUGUCAAGAAUCUGUUUGACCUGGCUCGCCAGCACAAACCUUCCAUCAUAUUCAUUGACGAGGUGGACUCACUGUGUGGCUCCCGGAACGAAAAUGAAAGCGAAGCAGCUCGGCGAAUCAAGACGGAGUUUCUCGUCCAAAUGCAAGGUGUGGGAAACAACAACGAUGGUAUUUUGGUUCUGGGGGCCACCAACAUUCCCUGGGUGCUUGACUCUGCCAUUCGGAGAAGAUUUGAGAAGCGCAUCUACAUCCCGCUGCCGGAGGAGCCGGCCCGGGCACAGAUGUUCCGCUUGCAUCUGGGCAACACGCCUCACAGCCUGAGCGACGCCGACCUGCGGCAACUCGCCCACAAAACAGACGGCUACUCCGGCGCUGACAUCAGCAUCAUCGUGCGGGAUGCCCUCAUGCAGCCCGUUCGGAAGGUCCAGUCGGCAACACACUUUAAAAAGGUUCGUGGGCCGUCCCGCAGCAACAACCAGGUCAUGGUGGACGACCUCUUGACCCCUUGUUCCCCUGGCGACCCCACUGCCAUAGAGAUGACUUGGAUGGAUUUGCCUAGCGAUAAGCUACUGGAGCCAAUAGUCUGCAUGUCAGACAUGCUGCGUUCUCUGUCCACCACCCGUCCAACGGUCAACACUGAAGACCUGCUCAAGGUCAAGAAAUUCACUGAGGACUUUGGGAUGGAAGGCUGAGUGCAAGGUGACCGUUUUCUCCCUUUCGCUCCAGACCUUCGAUAACACCUUUGCCCCCCCCCCUCCUCCCCCCCACACACAUGGUACCAUCACCUCUUUUGGGUUUCAUGGUGGAUCGCAAAUUAGAUGAGUGAAAAAAAGAAGACAAUGUAUUUCUCCUAUUUUAAUUCUCCACUCUGCUAGUUUUGACUUUGUGCAGAGAUCCGACUGAAUGCUACGAUAGAAAAAAACGUUGUUGUGACUCCACCCCUACCCUACCUUCGACCACGAACUGCAAAAACACUAAGAACAACUGGGGGUGACGCGGUGUGAUCGCGCAGAGGAUGUUCCACACGGAGACCUUUCUCUCGACUGAAGGAUGACAGUGGGUGGUCAUGGUACACGUUGCUUUGCUUUCAAGGAACAAGAACCACAAGCAUCUCCCGCCGGCCUCGCAAGUACACCGUUAAGUGUUUUUUUAUUAUAAGAGUCAUUGCUGCCUCCACCGCCAUGUUGUUUGCCUAGGGGUGGGCCAUACUGCACGACACUAUCCAUCCGAUACCAAGUACUGACACACCAAAAACAUUUCACUUCAGGCUCAUUGAAUGAUUUGGGUGAUUUUACCUUCAAUUUAUUGAAUUUAUUGAUUAUAGUCAGAAUAAAACAUUUUUUAGGAAAACAAAGCAAAUGCAGUCAUCCCUCCCAUUGCCAUGGAAUCCAAUUUCUCGGCUUUACUACUUUUAAAAAAAAUAAAUAAAUAAAUAAAACAUGUGGUUGAAUAGGACCCAUUAUUAGUCCAAAAUAUGCAGAUUUAUUAAAAUCUUACAUAGUUUUGGCUUAAAUGAAGCAUUUUCAAGAAUAAAAGUGGUUAAACUCAACUCAAAUACAAAAUAAAAGCAUUCGGAAGGUGAAUUCAAAGAGGUUGUGUAUGUAGUGUUCAACAAAAUGUUUAGCCAGACACACAAUCCUCACACUAUCCCGAGGGAACACAUUUAUGCGACACGCAUGAGGAUCACUUCUAUUUAUGCCUGAAGUGUCUUAUUUUCUCUUAUUAUGUCUACUUUUUGGGUAAUAGGAGUGUAAAGGUUACUAUAGGGGUGUUAGUUCAUGUCCAGAGGGCUCUAAUGUUAUAAAACUUUUUUUUUUAAUCCUACUUGGCGGAAAUUAAUUUAUCGGAGUCGAGUCUAAACGAGGGAUUACUGUAUUUGUUUUUGUGAGCAAUUGAACAACAUGUAAAUGCAACAAAAGACACCGAUUGCCUUUUUAUUACUUACAAUUGUUUGAGUAAAAUUAAGUCAAUAAGGCAAAAAAAUUGAAAACAAUUGAAAAAUAUCGAUUUCGUCACGAUAGCGUUCAUUAAUACUGUCGCCAUACUUGCUAUCGGUGCUACCCGAUACUUGAUCAGCCCACCCCUAGUGUGUUCUGUAAGCUAGGAAAAAAAUGACAAAAAAAGUACUUUGAAUUGCUUGAGGUCAUUUUAAAGUGUUCAAGUCUGUCCUGUUUUAUCGACAUUUUGUCUUCAAAAUUGACUGCUAUCACACACAUGCAUUCAUGUCGAAAUGACGACGACAUUCAGUCAGUCCCUCCCCUUCCCGAUACGUAGCCGAGCUGGCGACUGUUACGGGUGCUAAGUGUCCCGUCACUUCGCCUUUCGAGUGUUUUUCAGCGCGCCAUCCCUGCAACUUCCGAGUGCGAACGCACUUCUGCACCCAAACGCCAAUUCCGACACGGCGCAUUUCAGCCGUUUGUACCCAUGCCUCCACGUAGGACACGUUCACUUCCUACAUACAGUACAGUAUACAGUACCAGUACCAAAUACAGUACCUGAUCAGUGAUGGACUGCGAAAUAUUUAUUCAUUCUGUAGCACGUCUCACUAACGAGGCGCUGCAAAGACGUGAAACUUUUAAGUUCUCCUCGCCGGUAAACCAGAAGCUGGAUAUUUAUGAGGUGUCACCACUGCACCGGGAUUACCAGGACGUGUAAUAGCAUGGCUGUGUUUACACACUUAUCCAAUUGUCCGUGUGUAAACAGACGCUGGUCAUGUCAACUACUAAUUGAAGGUGCAUUAAUAAAAACUAACAUUUCAGUG